CAAAUCUAACAAUUUGAGCUAACAAAAUCAAUAGGGUUAAGUUUUGAUUUCCUUUGUACUCUCCCAGAGUCUGACGAAGCUCUUGCUUUCCUGGAGCUGAGGAUUAUGCUGAUUGGAAGAAGCGGAGCUGGAAAGACCACAAUAGGAAACGCAAUACUGGGUGAAGAGGUGUUUAAAGAGAGCAGAACGAGAGAGAGUGAGAUACAGAGAGGAAGAGUAGAAGCCAGAAACAUCUCCAUCAUCGACACUCCAGGAUUCUUCAACACUCACCUGACUGAUGAAGAGCUGCAGAUGCAGAUGAAGAAGAGCCUGGAUCUCUGUUCUCCUGGACCUCAUGUGUUUCUGCUCAUCAUCAACCUGGAGAACUUCACAGACAACGUGGCAAACACUGUCAAAACCAUCCACCAGCACUUCGGGAGAUCAGCGUUCAGGUUCACGAUGGUGCUGUUCAUCGGAAAAGAAGCGAUGUCGAAACGAGAGUGGAUCGAGUUCAGGCUGAGCAGAAAGACUAGAGAACUGCUGAGCUUCUUUGAGGAGAAAUGUCACGUUAUUAUUCAUAGGAAUAAGAGGGAUAAAAAGCAGAUCGCCAGCUUGAUGGAGAACAUCGAGGAGGUGGUGAGGAAGAACAGAAGAGAGCAUUACGUUAAAGAGAUCUGCUUGGAGAAUGGUGAAGAUGAGGUGAAGAUACAACAUGUACAAGUCGAGCAGAAGAAAGAGGAGAACAGGUUAGAUCUGCAUGUCGGAGAGGAUGAAAACAAUGAUAAGAGUGAGCAGAAAGAGCAAACUGCAGAAAAUGAUGGAGAAAAAAGCUCUUCGGGGGGAAGUGAAAUUAGCAGAACAUUUAAAGUUAGUUUGAUCCCGGAGGAGAAGAAAGAAAUGACAGAAAAGUGUUCAAUAACAGGAUCUGAUCUGAGGAUUGUUCUUCUGGGGAAAAGCAGAUCAGGAAAGAGUUCAACAGGAAACACUAUUUUGGGCAAAAGUGAUGCACUUAAAAUAAAUAAGAUAAAUAAAACCUGUGAGAAACAAGAAGCAAACACACGUGGAAGAAACGUCUCAGUAAUCGAAUCUCCAAUACUGUGUGAUCCAUCAAUGCCAAGAGAACAGAUGAAGGAUGAAAUUCAGAAGUGUGCUGAAUUAUCUGCUCCUGGUCCUCAUGUGUUUCUGCUGAACAUCAGACUGGAUGAAAUGUUCACAGAAGACAAGAAAAACACAGUCAAAUGGAUUCAGGCGAACUUUGGAGAAAAAGCUCUACGUUACACCAUCAUUCUGUUCACCCAUGCUGAUUAUCUGAAGGGAAAACCAUUGAACGAGUAUAUUAGAGAAAAUAAAGACCUCCAGGCCAUUGCUGAUGAGUUUGGAGGCAGAUUUCACUCAUUCAACAAUGAAGACGUGAAUAAUCAAACACAGGUCACUGAACUGAUGGAGAAGAUUGAGAAGAUGGUGGAGGAGAAUGGAGGAAAACACUACAGUAUAGUGAAAAUGAGCUAUAAAAGCGAGAAAGUGAAUCAAAACUCAUUUAACUGGUGGAAAGCAGUGUUUAUUUUGUUAAUCGGGGCUUUGGCUGCUGCUGCGGUGGCUCAGAGUGGACUUGAUAGAUGAAGAACAUCUGAAAUAAACAAACUAUAUAUGAACAAAAUGUUAUAUACUAUAUAUGGACUAUAUAUGGACUAUAUAUAUAUAUAUAUAUACUAUAAAACUAUAUAUGGACAAACAGCUGGAAAAUACCAACGUUUUUCCCAUUCCUAACUUUUUAAUUUAAUGGCUAAUCCUUAUAAAUUUAUAUGAUCAACUUUAUACAUUUUAGUUUGAUUUUCUCCUCCCCAAUGAUGAUUAGGUUUAGUGAUGGAUUUGAUGCCAUACCUUCUUUUAAAAAUCAGCAAUGAAAUUAUAUAAAUUCGUGCAAAUUAGCCACUAAAAACAUAAAAUAAGCAAGUUUCCUCAUGAAAUCCGGCUGGAAAUACUGAGAAGUAGAAGAGUUACUCUCUUCAUUAGUCCAGAUCAGGGGUGCCAAACUCAAUUCCUUGAGGCCACAGACCUGCAGAUCUAUUGUGAACAGGACGUUGACAACAGAGUUGAGGUUUCAAAUGCAGGUUUAUUGGGAGAAUGGUCAGGCAAGCAAACAGGGUCAAACAGGUACAUACAGGUAAUCCAGAAUCAUGGUCAAUAAACACUUGUAUGGUCAAAGGCAGGCAGCAGACAGAAAUAAACAAUAAAACAAAACAAGGGUCUGACAUGGCAAAGCAAAGCAAAGUACAAUUAAACAAGACUCAGCCCAUGAUGCGUGUUUGUGCUGUUUAAAUAGUCCUUGUAGUCAGAUCAUCUAGCUAUGUGUUUGUGUUAUCAAUGGAAACUGGAACAGGUGUUUGUGAGCGGUGUAUGACUGGAUAUGUAGUCCAAAUAACGGCAAAUUUGUAGUUCUAUAGCGAUAUUUGUGUUUACCAGUGAUCUGCAAGUAUUAGAUCCCUGGUGAUUGUGACAGUAGAGUUUAGCUCCAACCCUGGUUUAAUGUUCCUAUUUAUAUGUAGUUUUCAAACAAGCCUAAAGCACUCAAGUAGUAUGAUUAGGGUGGGAACUAAACUGUGCAGAACAUGAGCCCUUCAGAAACUGAGUUUGACACAUGUGGUCCAGAUUAUUCUUUCAACAGCAGUGGAAAAGCAUAUUAAAUAUGUACAGAUGAUAAUUAUUCAGUGGGCUGAACCUAAUGCUGUACUGCUAAACAAAAAUGUAAUUUCUGUAGCAGACUUUUAGGGAAAAUGACGGUUUCAUACUUAAAUAAAUGUUAAAUGGAUUUACUUUUUCCAGUA